AGUCAGCUAAGCCGUUUGAACGUUUUUUGAAACAUUCGAAACUUGAAGCAAGGCGGAAAGAAGUAUUCAAAAUCGCAGCAUAAUACUUUCCAUUGUCGCUGCAGUUGUACACCUCAGAAGUGAUAAAUUUGAUAUUCUACCUGUGAAAGUUUCUAGUGAAUUGCGAGCGUUACAACACCGAAUUGUAACAACCGAUUUCUAACCCGACAGCCAUUGAUUGGCUUGUGCAAGUAUCUGCGCGUAACAGUAAACCGAACCUAACCUCAUUGGUUUAGGAUUACGGGAGGAGCAAUCAUGAAGUCCCCUCUGCCCGUGCCGGAGUUUCUCGAGGAAACCAAUCUAUCAUUGUCGUUCAAGGAACCCCAUCGUAAGAAUAGAAUUCAACGACCGCCGAAACCUCCGAAGUUGUAUUCAAAGGUCGAUUGCAGUUUUAGCCGCGCGUCAAACGGUUCCAACACCGCCCACUUGAUCUCUUUCAAAAACGACCGGUCACAGUUAAGCUCACUCUAUCAGCGUCAUAAACGAGAAUCCUAUUACGAGCAGUGCUUCGAGCAGAUCGCCAAAGUGGGCGAAGGUUCGUUCGGGGAAGUGUUUAAGGUGAAAAGUAAACAAGACGGGUGCCUGUAUGCGGUCAAAAAAUCAAAGGAGUUUUUACGCGGAGAAAACUAUCGUCAUGAGCGGCUGGAAGAAGUGCGUCGAUAUGAACAAUUUAGUGAGCAUGAAAACUGCAUUAGGCUGUGUCAGGCGUGGGAGCAGGAUGAUCGGCUUUACAUGCAAAUGGAACUAUGCAAAAGCAAUCUAGAGGAUUACGUCCGCGAUCAGCGUUUCAUUCCGGAAGAGAAAAUUUGGUCCAUCCUGUUGGAUCUACUAUUGGGUCUGAAGAGUUUACACGACCGAAACUUGAUUCACUUGGAUAUUAAAUUAGAUAACAUUUUAAUUACCGAUGAUGGUAUUUGUAAAUUAGCAGACUUCGGACUGGUGUUAGACUUAAACAGUAGUAAUUUUCUCUAUGCUAGUGAAGGUGACUCGCGGUAUAUUGCACCGGAACUGUUGGAAGGCAAAUAUACCAAAGCGGUGGACAUUUUCAGUCUUGGAAUCGCGAUUCUUGAGUUGUCGUGCAAUCUUGAACUUCCUCCUAACGGACCUCUUUGGCAAAACUUGAGAAGUGGAGCACUACCGGCGGAACUUCUAUGUCGACUGUCGAAUGAGCUGCAAUCUGUCAUACAGUGGAUGAUGAGUCCGCUGCCUGAAUCGCGUCCUUCAGUCGAUGAUUUGUUGCAGCUUUCAAAAAUAGCAGCAUUACAUCAAGAGCGACGACGGUGGCGUUUGGUACGUAGUAUUCGAUCCUACCUGCGUCGAAAGCUGUGCAAUCUAAAAUUUUUCCUGGCAAGUUUGGUGCUUUCAAUUGCUAGUUGUUUCCGGCUGAAACACGCGAAACCGUCGGUUCCGCAAAGAUGCUUCCGAGAUAGCUGUAAUCGCAGUUGUGUCAAUGGAAUCAACGAUAGCAAUACGCGAACACGCUUGAUGAAAAAUUUGGCUGAUGAAUCUGACGAGGAUAUUGUAUCCUCUACCUGUGGGGAGCUUGAUGUGACGGGUGGAAGUGGUGGAAGUGGGGGAAGUGGGAUACAAAUAACGCCCACCCUAAACAACACCGUGCCGACGAUGACUCCAAUCGGGAAGAUACUGAACUCGACGCCACUAAAUCAUGCCGGAUCAAGACUACGUCUAAGAAAUAUUUUAAUGGACAACCCGUUUGCGAAUGGAGAGUGUUGCGAGGAUGAUUUUUCAUUAGAUUCAGACUCCGAGGGCAAAAGCAAACGAAAGGAUGAGCAAAAAUCUCGGCACCACUCUUUGUUGCACAGUUCUCCGUGUGGCAAUGAUUCGUCGUUUCUAACCAAAAAGAAACUGUUCUUCAUAUCAGACGACUCAGACUGACCACAAGCAAUGCAUUAGUGCUUCUACCAGCUGGAGUUGGUACAGGUGAAUGUCGCUCUUAACUGACACUAUUAAUGGUAACUAAAAUUCAACCCUGUGUACUGUGCAAGCACGCCCAAGUUGACACAAUAAUACUGCUUUAGUUAGUCUGGAGAUUCGGGACUGUGAAGGACACAAAAUAACAUGUGAUAUCUAAAAGAUUAGUUUUUAGUUUUGUCGUAUGAAAUAUCGGUAGCUGUUUGCUUAGGACUGAGAGAUAGGUUUGCAUAUUGAUUGUUGAGAAUGCAUUGCUCUGAAAUGAUAGUGUUUAUUCAAAAAGAUGAAUAAAGAACUCCUAUAUCCGAUCGAUUCCUUAAUGAUUAAACUAACCAAAAACAUACUGGCAGUUAGUAUUGCAGUGGGUAUUGGUAGUAGAUAUAUAAUAUCAUCCUAUAGCCAGCGAAAUAUAUUUUAUUAUAGAACGUGGUCAUACCUAUAUAUAAAACCUUGCAAUAAAUUGUGUAC